AUGAAUUCUUUUAAUUUAUUUAACUUAUUACAUCCAGUCAAGAAGAAUUCUUUAAGAAUUCCUUCAUUAUUUCUUAAAAGAAAUUACUUUUCAAAUACCGUAUUAACUUUUAUAAAUUCUAAUAACAAUAAUAAUAUUACCGCAAUUGAUGUUAUUGAUUCAUUGAUACAUGAAAAAUGUGAAAAAUAUGAAAAAUAUGAAGUUUGUAUAGUAUUCAUAUCAAGAAAUUAUUUGGCUCAAGAAAUUGAAAUGAUACCAAAAUAUAUUUAUUCUAAAUUACAACCAAAUUUUUUAACUGGUUGUGUGGUGGAUAAAAUAUUUGAUGAUAAAUUAAAUAUUGGAAAUGGAAUUUCUUUAUUUUUAAGUGGUGGUAAUAAAAAGGUUGGAAAUUAUGAAAAGAAUAAUGGAAUUGAUGGUGGUGGUGGAAAGAAUUAUAGGAUCGAUGGAUUUAAUGUAAAUCUUGAAGGACCUAGAAAAGAAUUUAAAACAAAAUCAGUUGGAAGAUGGAAAGAUUUGAAUGAAAUAAAAAAUCAUAAUGAAAUAUCAUUAAACGAAUGGUAUGAUGUUACUAAAUUUCAAAGUAUUUCAAGGAUCUCUUCUAAUGUGUUUAUUGAUUUACCUGAAAAAUUAAAAGAUUUAAAAGAUAAAAAUAUUAGUCCAGAAUUAAUUUUCCUGAUUUCAGAUUCAGAACCAUACCAAUUCUUAGAAUCAUUAGAUUAUUAUUUUCCUCAGAGCAAAAAGAUGGGAAUUAUUGGGUCAUCAACCCCAUUCAUAACAGGUCGUCCAUAUAGUUUAUUUAAUAAUGAUAAAGUAUUGUCAAAGGGUAUAAUAGGAAUAGCAUUCACCUCUAAUGAAACAUCUGAAUCACAUAAAAAUUUUCUUUCAGUUGAUCAUUUAUCAAUGUGUUCUAUAGGUGAUCCAUUUAGAAUAACUAGUUGUCAAGGAAAUAUUAUAUUAGAAUUGGAAGGAUUAAAUCCAACAAAAUUAUUACUUCAACAACAUUUGAAAUCUGGUAAAAAAUUAUCUAAAGAUACUGAAUUUUAUUUAGGAUUGUAUGAUCCAGAUGAAACUAUUUUGAAUUGGUAA